ACUCACACUCACUUUUCACAAUUCAAAACUGCCAGUUGAUAGCUUUAUCUAUUACCUUCGGUCUACUGCCGCCUAAUAUUGUUGUCCCGUUUCUACUCCCAGCGAUCCAACACCAUCAUGUUCAACCUCCCUUACCACUGCAAGGCCUUGCUCACAGCUAAACAGGAGAGAGGCUUAACUUUCGAUGAUGUCGCUAAGGCCAUUAAUAAGCCUGAAGUAUGGACCACUGCCCUCUUUUAUGGUCAAGCAAGCACCGAUAAGAGUACCGCGGAAGCUAUCUUGAAGGCUUUAGGAGGCGAGCAAUUCUGGACCGAUUAUAAUGAUAGGUUGGAAGCAGGUCAGGAAAAGAUUGACAUCCGGAGAGUACUGAAUGGGUUAUCUGGCAACGGUGAAGAAAAUAUGGGCGUAAAGGGCAUGGUCACCAGAGGCGCUACUUUUGAGGUUCCUCCCAAAGACCCAGUACUCUACAGGCUUUACGAAGUGCUGGUUGUUUAUGGAUACUCUUACAAAGCCCUUAUCUAUGAAAAGUUCGGUGACGGCAUUAUGUCAGCCAUAGAUUUCCGUACUUCUUUGGAGCGCAAGAAGGAUCCGAAAGGGGAUCGAGUUGUGAUUACAAUGGAUGGCAAGUUUCUCCCUUACUCUGACCCUUCUGCUUGGGGUACACAGUAAUCGGGGUCAUUGAGCCUAUCUGACUGAAUGCUGUGGUUUCUGUCUCGUGACAAAGGUCCUCCAUAUACAGACAGCCUAAUCAUGUAUAAAGUUUCAAGACGCCUCUCAGAUUGGACCAUUCUUUUCUUUAACUCGACCUCAUUUUGGAACUCCUGCGGUUUGUAGUCCCGUUGCCCUCGGAAAAUGAAGCUAUUUAAAUCACACUUUACCCAAGCCACAUUCUCAAUGAGUUCGUUAGACGCGGUCUACCCCUUUUCCCCUCAUCGGGACGGACAUGGGAGGACGAGCUCCUGACAAAACAGAUACAGCGAUUCCUACGGGUGUGGUCUGAACAGAUUGGAGAACGGCCUGUUCAUCGAUGGAUUCUUCGACAAUAGUGUUAGCGGCAGGGGUGGCUGGUACACCGGUAGGCGCAGUAUCCAUUUGUAUUUCCUCUGAUGUGGCUGAAGCGAUACCGCCAGCACCGGCAGAGUUCCCGUAGGCUACGAGCUGGUUGAAGGGCUUACGCCAAGUAGUGUAAGAGCGUCCAAAGUUAAUGAGGGUGUAGGUCACUUCAAAGAGAAGUAUGCCGAGAAGCUACGAGCAUUUCUUGAGCUUUCUCCGCACCUAAACAAAUGUGAAUACCUACAAGGAAAGUCAUCACCCAACUAAGACCUAUCGUUGCGGUCCCGAGGCUAUAGAAGACAUGUUGGUUAGCCACGUACUUGGCUAUGGUAGAUCAAAACAUACCGCCCCCAGAAGCUGAUAUCGGAGGGUCAGAAAAAAAUGCGUGACAUAAUUCAAUUCUGAUUACCCAGGAAGAAAAUGAACCAAAUUGACAAGAAAAUUGUAUCAAGCAUCACGGAGAUGAAGACAUUUUCUGGUUGGAUGAAUGUGACCACCAAUCUGU